GCGACCUCAACUCAGUGACAUGGACCGAACAGUGGUGAUGCUUGGAAGCUCAGUGAGCGAGCUCCCCUUCUGACGAAGACGACGACGAGGAAAUUGUCAACCAACCGCCACCAUGUAUCCCACAAGAAUACUCCGCUCCGCCCUCCCCCAGCUUGGGGACGAGAAGCCAAACAUCACCGGCUUCUCCAUGAAGAAAUUCCUCGCCAAUACAAAGAAGCCCCGUUACGACCCCUGGGAGAGAAAUGAGGCUUGGCGAUACACCGGCCGCUUCAGCCGAUUCAACAGAUACAGAAACGCCCUCCCCGGGUUCGGUACUGCCGUCGUCGCUUUCACAGCCUACUGCGUCUACGAGCAGCUCUUCUUGAAGAAGGAUGAGCGCCACCACGGCGAGGAGCACCACUGAGCGGCACACACGGGGGUUCAGGGGAAGCACGAGAGAAAGUGAUGUACAUAAGCUACGGGUGGAGAUCAACUGGGGAAAUGACAGAGAGAGAUAGACAGACUCACUCAACUCAGUUGGAAGGAAGGGACGGGAAGGAGGGAUCAAUAGAGUUGAUUAAAUGGUCGUCAAUCAGCUUCCGUC